AUGUUCGGCGCCAAAGCAGCUCUUUUCAUCCUCUUUGCCGCCACGGCUGUAUGGUCGGAAGUAUCACCGGACCUGACGUGCGGCGUCGACAAGGCUGGCAAUAAAAAGGGCUAUACUUGUCCCGGAGAUAAGAAAUGCUGCUCGGUCAACGGCUACUGCGGCUCUACAGAUGAAUACUGCCUAAAGACUAUAGGAUGUCAGAGCAAGUACUCUAACGCGACGGCCGCUUGCGCUGACCCCGUAGACGGCAAGACGGUCUCGCCUGACGGUACCUGCGGAUCUAAGGGAGCUGGCAAGUACGGAUACCGAUGCCCAACGGAGGGAGGAACAUGCUGCUCAGUCGCGGGCUACUGCGGAAAUACUACUGCCCAUUGCGUUGCCACGGAAGGUUGCCAAACAACGUAUGGAACGUGCCAGUGA